AUGAUGCAUGGUCCUUGUGGUAGUGAUAAUCCUAAAUGCCCAUGCAUGAUUGAUAACAAGUGUUCAAAAAACUUCCCAAAGACAUUCACAGAGCAUACUUCGGUUGAUGAAAAUGGUUAUCCAAUAUAUAGGAGACAUAAUGAUGGAUCUUUUGUGGAAAAGUCUGGUGUUAAGUUAGACAAUAGAAGUGUGGUUCCAUAUCACAAACUCCUCUUGAAAAGAUAUCAAGCUCACAUUAAUGUUGAGUGGUGUAAUCAGGGUGCUUCCAUCAAAUAUUUGUUCAAAUAUAUUAACAAGGGUCCUGAUAGGGCUACUGUUGCAGUUGUACCAAGCAACAACGCAGAUGAUAAUGAUGAUGUAGUUGACGAAAUAAAAAACUACUAUGAUUGUAGAUAUUUGUCUGCAUGUGAAGCUUCGUGGCGUAUAUUCAAAUUUGACAUUCAUUUCAGGACUCCUUCUGUUGUGAGGGUUCCUUUUCAUCUUCCUGGACAACAAAAUGUUGUAUACGGUGCUGAAGAUGAUAUUGAAGAUGUCCUCAAUAAACAGUCUGUAUCUUCUUCGAUGUUCUUAGCUUGGGUGGAGUGUAAUGAACAUAAUAAGGAAGCACGCAAACUUUAUUAUGUUGAAUUUCCUACCAAGUUUGUUUGGAAAUUGAAGGAUCGUUGUUGGAAGCCAAGAGAAAAAGGAUUUUCUAUCGGUCGAAUUCACACUGUCUCUCCUAAUGUCGGCGAAGCAUAUUUUUUGAGAAUCCUUUUAAAUAAAGUCAAAGGUCUGAAAUGUUUUGCAGACAUUCGUACGGUUAAUGGACAUGUGUGUGCUACUUUUAGAGAGGCAUGUUAUGCUCUUGGACUUUUGGAAGAUGAUAGGGAAUAUAUUGAUGCAAUUGAGAAAGCAAAUCAUUCAGGUUCUGGAUAUUAUUUGUGUUAUCUAUUUGCAACUAUGUUGAAGUCUAAUAGUUUGUCGAGACCGUACUUUGUCUGGAAAAAACCUGGCAAUAUUUAUCAGAUGAAAUUCUCUACAAUCAACAACUAA